AGCCAUGAGAGCUGCCUACCUCUUCCUGCUGUUCCUGCCUGGCCUGCUGGCUCAGGGGCAAUAUGACCUGGACCCACUGCCGCCAUUCCCAGACCACGUCCAGUACACCCAUUACGGUGACCAGAUCGACAACCCAGACUACUAUGAUUAUCAAGAGGCCACUCCCCGGCCCUCUGAGGAGCAGUUCCAGUUCCAGUCUCAGCAGCAAGUCCAGCAGGAAGUCAUCCCGGCCCCCACCUUCGAGCCCGGAAACGGGGAGACGGAGCCCACAGAGCCAGGGCCUCUGGACUGCCGUGAGGAGCAGUACCCGUGCACCCGCCUCUACUCCAUACACAAGCCCUGCAAACAGUGUCUCAACGAGGUCUGCUUCUACAGCCUCCGCCGAAUGUACGUCAUCAACAGGGAGAUCUGUGUCCGCACAGUCUGCGCCCACGAGGAGCUGCUCCGAGCUGACCUAUGUCGGGACAAGUUCUCCAAAUGUGGUGUGAUGGCCAGCAGUGGCCUGUGCCAGUCCGUGGCAGCUGCCUGUGCUAGGAGCUGCGGGGGCUGCUAGGUGCAGCUGGCACCCCAAGCCCUAGCCCCUCCUCAGACCCGGGGCCCUCGGACCCCGCCUGACCUGGUGCUUUCCUUCCCGCCUGACAUUCCUUUUAUUCUGUAAAAAGUUAGUGGACUGCGGCCCAGGGGGUUGUCUCAGGCCCCUCCCCAGGCUGCGGCCACCCCAGAGGCACAAUGGGGGCUCCCCACUGCCCAGUCUUUACCCCCAGGUGGGGGGCAUCCCAGGCCUCAGUGGGACUGGGCCUCUGAAGUGCCUUCUCAGCCCCUGAGGUAGGCUGUGCCCCUCCCCCCAGCUGGUCUGCUUGGAUUUCCUACAGCCCCUGGGCAUAGACCACCUGUUUUAUAUAAAAUUAAA